AAAAAUUAAAACCCGGAUAGCUUUUUAAGUUUUACCUCUAAAUAAUUACUACUGCCAGCCCAUUUCACCCUAAUGCUAUUACAAUAAGGUAUUAAAAUAUUUAUUAACUAUCAACCUGAAGAAAACUAUAAAAUAUCUAUUAGAGGCAAAGCCAGUCUGGAAUUUUCAUAGCUAGCGCGCACCAGACAGUAUUUUACUCAGGAGUAUCUACGAUAUUUAUUUAUUAUGACACCGGGCUGUAAUCACAGCCUGCAGAGGGCGGAAGGGCCAAAAUAAAGAAAUCCCUUGUCGGAGGCGGGAGCCCUACAUAAAGAGCCCUCACGCCCCCAACAUCCUUCCAACACCAAAUAAAAGACCAGCACCUAGAGACGCAACCGAAAAAUCCAGGCUCUAUAAUUAUGUUCAGCUCCCAACCGAUCUACCGGCAAGCCAAUUUAAAUUUACUGCGAACGCCGCACGUGUACCACAAAAUGAAAUCCUACUACCGCACAGAAACACGCACGAAACAAAACCUAGAAAAACACCGCUGGCGCCACCCCUUCGAUGCUAGUGGCUGCUUCCUCGAACCACGCCUGUUUCCGAACGCUACCCUAUCCGUCUCCCUCCCGCCCACAAAGUGAAGCAUUCUCCCUCUCGUUCUGUCCCGUGAUGUCGUUCGAAAGCUUGGCGUUUUUGGUCAGUACGCGUUGAGAGUUAGCGCGCGUAGGAGCGUUGUCGCCGCGCUUGUCGUCGCGGGGUGUCAAGUGAAGUGCCGUGUAGGUGCCGAAGUGGCGGGAUUCCUUGCCGCGGGUCGGGGGGCCCAUGCCCCCUUUCACCAGCACCACAUUGGUAAAAGACGUGGCGAAGCAGGCGGCGCGAUGUCGUGUGCCGGCUGCGAGAAGCCGAUCCUGGAUAAGUUCCUGCUGCACGUGCUCGAGCGCGCGUGGCACGCGGCGUGCGUGCGCUGCGCCGACUGCCGCGCGCCGCUCGCUGACAAGUGCUACUCGAGGGACAACAAGCUGUUCUGCCGCAAUGACUUCUUCAGGCGAUAUGGAACGAAAUGCAGUGGUUGCGGGCACGGCAUAUCCCCCUCUGACCUGGUCCGCAAAGCGAGAGAAAAGGUCUUCCAUCUCAACUGUUUCACCUGCCUCGUCUGCAGAAAGCAGCUUUCCACCGGCGAGGAGCUAUACGUCCUUGAUGACAACAAGUUUAUUUGUAAGGAGGACUACCUGGCUGGAAAGACACCGACGACGCAGCAUUCGGACUCACUCCUAGGCUCAGGUUCGGACGACGAAGAGGAAGACGAAUCCCGCGCAGCGAACAACUCGAGCAGUCCGGCGCAUGCGCCGCACCCGGCGCUGCAUUCUGAGCUCUCGCAUAAUGGAGACGCGAAACCGCAUGAUGACUCGGAGGACCAGGGCUCCCUGGACGGCGACGCUGAGACCCGGGACUCCCAGGCCGAGAACAAGUCCCCGGACGACGGCAACGGGGGCUCCAAGAGGAGGGGCCCGAGAACCACGAUCAAGGCCAAGCAGCUGGAGAUUCUCAAGUCGGCGUUCUCGCAGACGCCGAAACCGACGAGGCAUAUAAGGGAACAGCUGGCGAAGGAGACGGGGCUUCCGAUGAGGGUUAUACAGGUGUGGUUCCAAAACAAGCGAUCAAAAGAACGUCGCCUAAAGCAGCUCACGUCCAUGGGGCGCGGCCCAUUCUUCGGCUCCUCCCGCAAAAUGCGAGGGUUCCCCAUGAACCUGUCUCCAGGCGGCCUGGACGAGGGGCCCCCAGGGUUCCCGUACUUCGCAACGGCGGACGGCAAGUUUGAGUUCGGAUACGGACCACCGUUCCAUCACGAUGCGCCGUUCUUCCACCCGCCUCCGGCUAUGCCAUUUAAUCAGCCAGGUCGUUUCGCAGGCGGGAUGGAUUCUAUGCCCGGCGAGUUCCCCGAGCAGUUCCCCCCGCCGGACCACCUCGUCCUCCCCCGGCCCUCCUCCCCCGAGUUCACCUUCGGCGACGCGCCGCCUCCUCUCCAUCCUGAGGGCCUGGUGUGGUAGCUCAAGCCGGAGCCGCGAGACUACCACGACUGAUGCGGCUCGGCGGGCUAUAAAGUGGACUUUAACAGUGUCAUUCAAUAACGCUGUGAUUACGAUUUAAUGGACACGUGCUUGUGAAUAAGUGUACAGAAGAGUUUUAUAAUAUUGAUAGUAAUUUAUUAAGUUAUAAAAUAAUUUAUUUACAGCUUAAGCUUUUGGUUCCUAUUUUAAGAUAGAAGUGGCAAUUUAUCAUUAUUUCAUGUAGGUAUGUAUUUAUUUGUAAUUUUAGUGUAAACGGGGUCUUAGUUAGAGGGUGACCACAGACGAGACUACAGGAGGACAUUUCCGAUACAAAUUUAAGAUUUUGUAAAUAUAAUAUAAGUUGUACAUAGAUUAUUGCUGGACAAGUCUGUACGAUAUUAAAUUUAUUAUGUACUAAGUGGUAGUUACUUGAUAAUAAGUCCCGGUGAACUAUAAUUCCUUUUUAAUCCUGAUUGUCUUAAAUGGGUAUUUACAAUUUCCUACAUUUUAUUUAUUUAGGAAAAAAAUGCAUUUCUGUUAAGCGAAUUUAAUUGUCUGUAAAUUAUUUUAUCAUUUUUACCCUUAGGCAAAUUGUAGGUAGCUGUGCAUCUACUUUAAAAUUGUGAAAACUUUUUAUGGAAUUAUAUCGCUAGGUACAAAUUUUAAAACAAAAAAAAGGAACUUAUUCGGAUGGCGAUUUUAUACCUCCUUUAUUUAUGGACACAAAACAUGACUUUGUAUUUUAUACAAAUAUUACCUUGUUUGUAUUAUGACACUUUAUAUAUAAUCAUUUGGUUAAUUCAUGAUUACACUAGGACAGUCACUCUGUUUUACCUUUUAAUACCAUGAACUAUAGUUGGUCAAACCAAUUUGUCAGUCAGUAAGAACCAGGAAAACUAUACUUAUCCUUUUCUUUUGGGUGCUAGUACUAGUGUAAGACAAAGAUAGUAUGAUUCUCUCUGUCUAUGAUUGAAAUGAGACUGUCCUUUGACAAACUAUAUUUCACAAAUUUACUUGCCUCGUGUAAUCGUGCCUUAAGCAAUACAUACUGCGCUCACAUUUCAGUCAUAGGGUAGUUUAGCCGGUUGUCGGCCAGUUAAGCAAAAUUUCGAAUUCAAAUGUAUUUUAUGAACAAUAUAUUCGACCAAUCUUUGCCAUUUUGUGAUUUUUAGACUAAAAAUAUAAUACACUUACCAUGAUUGUAUCAAAAUCCGUUAUUAAUUACAACGUUUUGUUUGUAUAAUUAAAAAUAUGAAAAAGUAGCAAUUUAGCUGGUUUUCGGACACUUUUUUUGGUUCUCGGCCGCUUGUUAACUAGUUGUCGGCCGCUGUUAUUUAUGUUUUUAAAUGACUCUUAUUUCACUAUCAAUAGGAAUUAUUUUUGAAUAAAACAACAAAUAUUCAAUGGUACAAUGUAUUACAUUAAGGAACGUUAAUGGGAACUUUUAUGGUACCUAAUACAUCUCGUAAAGAGUUUUCCAAAACAUACUCAAAAAUAUUAAAAUAAGACAUUUUGUAGCCUAACUAGCAGCGUGCGUAAGUCCGGAGGUUUUUAUGGGUCGGUAACACCCUUGAAGUUACAGGCAUCCAUAGGCUACGGUAACUACUUAUCACCAGUAAUAUUUACCAUUCUCUUUUCGGUGAAGGAAAAUUUCGUGAAGAAAUCGAAUUAAUUCCAAUACACACAUAGGUGGAAGGUCAGAUGGCAAUCAUUUUCGUAAAAACUAUUAGGCUCCUAUGAGUCGUGACAACGCUAGGAAGAUCAUGAAGACGUUACAUUAAAAUAACGAAAAUUCUUCGUCGCAUAGUCAAAAACUCAUCUUCUUUUUGAAGCAUCUUGUUAAUAUAAAAAUAGUGUAAAAAUUAUUUACUUUUCAAGGGCCGAAAACAAAAUAAAUUUUACUUGUUUCUCGGCCGUCAUAAGUUAGCUAGGCCGAAAACUAACUUUUUAUAAUCCUGUUCUUGGCCGCCAAAUACAAAAGAUUUUAAAGCAGAUUUUAACCAAUUAUUUGUUAAUAAGCAUGCGGCCGAGAACUAACUACAUGAAUUACUUGGAUACAAAUAAGUAUUAUUUGAAUUAUUUAUUUUGUUGGCUGUCUUUUAAUAGGAAAGAUUAACCAAUUAAAAAUUACGUGCCUCAAUCCUGUUCUCGGCCGGGCGGCCGAGAACUAAAUAUCUUUACGAAAUUGCAUUUAGUUACCCGACCAUCAAAUUUAAUUGACUUAUAUAAAAAAAUUCGUACAUUUAAAUCAUAAUAACAUAAAUUCAACUUAUCCAUAAUGCAAAUUAACAUCAAUAAUGGCCUCAAACCCACGAAAACAAUAUUUUUACUUACCUUGAAAAAAUAUUGAAUCACAAUUUUUUUUACAAAUUUGUCCAACAUCCACACUUGCUAAAUUGCUUUGGUGCACUGACGAGCCAAUCAAAACGUUAUCAAGCUAACAAAUUUAGGAUAUGUCAAUGUCAACUUAAUUUAUCCGACUACCCUCAUUUUUUCAAUAAAUACGGUAAAGUUGUCAUGUUAUUACAGUUUUACUACGUAGUGGCCGAGAACCGGAGGUGGCCGGUAAACCGGCUAAACUACCCUAUCCUUCAUAAAACAAUGAGCUUAUUUCUACAUUAUCUGAAGUGUCAUAAUACAAACUAAGGCGUUUCAUAAAAUGAACAUUAUUUAAAAGGGAACAUUAAACACACCGUAAAAGAAUCUCAUUAUGUUUCGAGGCACGAGUCUGCAACAUAUUCAAAAUGUAAUUAGUGUAAAUACGUCGGUGUUUUAAUAAAUCACGCUGUCGUGAACUAUUAAUGUAUAUAAAUUAACUACAGCGCUGUUUAAAAUUAAUUUACAUUGACUUAUGUAAAUAUAAGUAAACUGAUUCAUGAGUCUGUCAUUUGCUAGUAAUUUGACCUAGUUUGUUUUACAUUUCAGAUUUGAAAGUGGAGCACGUUAUAAACUAUAUUUUAAUAUUAAGAGAAAACACCAAAUGUCUAUCAAAGAGAGUUAAUUAUUUUCAAGCUGAAGCAAUCUAGAGUCUGACAGUACCAAGAGUCCAGCAUUUGAGAUUUAUAUUAUGCCCCGUUUAUAAAAGCACAGUUGAGUAAGUUAUGGAUGUGCACUUGUAAACGCGGCAUGGGCCAAUAUUGAUACGUUGAGAAUGCGUUGACAGCUAAUUAAAUUGAACUAAAAGUCCAUUCAAAGAAGAAAAAGAAAUAUUGAACUAACUUUUUAAAUUGUGAACUUUUGCAGAAUUGUUAGCACUUGAUUUUGAAAGUAUGCCCGCUACGCGAGGAGAAAAUCUCACUUCCUGGCCAGGCAAGACGUAAAACUUUAGACAAACCACCGGUAAUUGGUAAAGACCCAGACCGCAUAUUUAUGGCCCUCACCAUCGGUUCGAGCCACAGAGCGAUCUGGGGCAUUCACGAAUUCACCGCCCUGGGUGUGUAAUGUACUAUAUCCCUUCAAUAGGUAUUAAGUUUAACACGUUCCCUGUGUACCAGUGUGUACCAGAAAUUGAGUCCUCACGUGCAACGUGUUUUUUGUCAAAAGGUUCAUAGCCAGUAUGUGCAUGCAAAUAAAAAAGACCUAGCUCACACGUGUAAAUUUUGGCAAUGCUUUAAGUUUAUAUGGGGUCGUGCAUCAUUAGUGGUGCAUGCACGUAUCACAUGUACCCUAAAAUGAUGCAUGAUGCAUGCACAGGGGACGUGUCUAAAGUUGGUUUAAAGUUUUGUUCAGGUACUUAGUUUGUAAGCGCGUUGGACUCGCGACUCGAAACAUGAGGAACGUUGUAUGUACACUAAUGUAAGUGUUAAUAUUCGGUACAUACUGUUGUCUAACUGUAUUAGUGCAUAACACAAGUACAUAAUGGAAUUGUCUGUAAGAAUAAAAUCUAUUUGAAAAUAUUA